GCUGCGGUGCAGUGACGCGCGGCGAUUGGGUGAGCGCGGAGCUAAAGUGUGCAGUAGAGUAAAAAGACAAGACGCGGACAACAACAGCUGCGACUGUAUGAAGCAAACUAAAGACACACUCGCACUUUUGAGGCUCACACGAUAAAGAUUCGGAUGUCAGGAUGGCUGCAAACUUCAAAAUUUCAGACAGUGAUUCGGAGACAUCAGAGGAGGUAGGGGAAGGAGAAAACCAACAGUCAGCAGGACAAGCUCAAGAAAGCAAGCCCCAGACGCUUGCCCUUCCUGUAAUCAAAAUGACAGCUGCUGGAAGGCUCAGGGUGAACUCAGAGUCCCACACUUCCUCAAUUGCCAGGGAUGAGGAGCUCAUGGCUAGAGGGGAGGAUGAGGUCUGUACUCCCACAGAGGGAGACCCAUUCAGGCGAAGGUCAAAGUCUGCUCCCCCUGCUCUGUGGGCUGCCAAGAAGUACGGCAGGCAGCUUCGACGAAUGAGUGACGAGUUUGACAGCUUACUAGAUAAAGGGGAGAUGAAGCUCAAGAAGCUGCACCACUCUAAAACCUGGUGGAGCUAUCUCUUUAGUCACCAAGAGACUGAAGGAGAGAACAACCAUCUUGAAAACCACAACCAACGCACUGAGUAAGCACUGAGAGGACAAGGAUACAAGGUCCGGAGGAGCGGAUUGGGGAAACUGUAGCCGAGAGACAAUAUUUAAGAUCAGAACAAGACUGAAGAGGAUUUGGUUCGAUCAAAAAGAGUGGGACGUGCAGUAAAAAGCAAAAAAGUACAUGUUCAGUGAAUCCCAUCAUAGUCAUGCCAUUUUAUGUCAUUGUUAACUACCUUUAAAUAGAACUUUUGUACUCGUGUUGAGUGUGGUGUAAACAAUGUUGUUGGGAAGUCCACUGUGGAAUUGAAAGGCAGUGAUGAGGAGGAACUGCUGCCUGAAUCCUGCAAAAUGGAUAAAAAGAUGGGCCGAGAGAGGGGCUAUAAUCUCUUCUAAACACACAAACAAAGCCUUGUUUAGUCGUAGAAGAGACGCUCGGUUUAAAGACGCUUAGCAUUACAGUUGUCUCUCACAUUGACAUUGCACGAUGUGCUGUGUAUGGAGAGAGGAAUAACACCUGACUACUGAAGGCCAAAUUGAAUGCUGUUAGAUUUUUUUUCCUUCCUGCUUUCCUCAUUUUCAUGAGGAAAUCUCCAGAAGCUGUUCGUGUUUGACUUGCACGCUCAUUUUGUGCCAAAAUGAUCUGCCGGCAACAGGAGACAGUACUUUUUUCUUUUUUUUUUGGGCAUUCAGUUUAGGCCUCUUCUUAAACAACUGUACUCAACUAUCAUCUGCUUUAUAUCACAAAUUUAUCCAAAAAAAAAAAAAGAAAAAUCUUUUACAAGGACAAUCUCUGAUGCAGAAGUAAUAUCUUUUUUGUAAAAACUUCAGGGAUAAUAGGUGAGGACGUUAAACAUAAAGGCACAAUCCAAUAUGAAUAUGUUUUUAAAGCCUUGGACGAGCAUAAAAAAACAAUUGAAAUUUCUAUGUGUAAAUAUUUUAACAUUUUAUGACAUGAUAAA